AGAAGUUCCGCAUUCAAAGAAAUAUGCGUGUAUACUGCAGUCUACUACUGUGUUUCAAAUGAGGAAAUAGGAAGAAGAGUUGAAGUGAACUUGAACCAGUGCCGGCUCCACUGGCCAAUCGGGGCGAAGCGGUCUUUCUCCAAGCUGACGUGGGUGGAAGUUAUUAGCGCCGACGUCCAGCGUCAUCAGUUUACCGGGUUCUACAGGCAUUACGUCCAUUCAUUAGGAAGAAGAUAUAGUCCCAGUGGACCAGUCGCUGACCCUAAGUAACCACUAGUAUACAUGGCGGGAUACCUUAAAGCUCUGACUACGGUGUCGAGGAGUACCGCCGCUGCGCUGUCGCAAAACCCCGCAGUGGUCUCACCGGCCGCCGUCUGCCAUCACAGACUGCAACAGAGAAACUAUGCAACAAAGCGUAUCAAAGUGGACCAGCCGGUCGUGGAAAUGGAUGGUGAUGAGAUGACUCGCAUCAUAUGGGAGUUCAUUAAAGAGAAGCUCAUCCUGCCCAAUGUGGAUGUUGAGCUGAAGUAUUUCGACCUGGGUCUGCCCUACAGAGACCAGACGAAUGACCAGGUCACCAUAGAUUCUGCUCUGGCGACUAUGAAAUACAACGUGGCUGUCAAAUGUGCCACCAUCACCCCUGAUGAGGCCAGAGUUGAGGAGUUUAAACUAAAGAAGAUGUGGAAGAGUCCCAAUGGAACCAUCAGGAACAUCUUAGGCGGCACAGUUUUCCGUGAGCCAAUCCUUUGCAAAAACAUUCCCCGUCUUGUUCCUGGAUGGACACAACCCAUAACAAUUGGCAGGCAUGCUUUUGGAGAUCAGUACAGGGCCACGGACUUUGUCAUUAACCAGCCUGGCAAGUUUAAGAUUGUUUUUACCCCAGCUGAUGGAAGCACAAAGCAGGAGUGGGAGGUGUAUGACUUCCCAGCAGGAGGUUGUGGGAUGGGAAUGUACAACACUGAUGAGUCCAUCAGUGGAUUUGCUCACAGCUGCUUCCAGUAUGCCAUCCAGAAGAAGUGGCCCCUAUACAUGAGCACCAAGAACACGAUCCUCAAGGCCUACGAUGGCCGCUUUAAAGACAUCUUCCAGGACAUCUUUGAGAAAAACUACAAGCCACAGUUUGACAAGCUGAAGAUCUGGUAUGAGCACCGUCUCAUUGACGACAUGGUGGCCCAGGUCCUGAAGUCCUCUGGAGGAUUUGUUUGGGCUUGCAAGAAUUAUGAUGGAGAUGUGCAGUCAGACAUUCUGGCUCAGGGCUUUGGUUCUCUGGGUCUCAUGACAUCAGUGCUUGUGUGUCCCGAUGGUAAAACCAUCGAGGCUGAGGCUGCCCAUGGCACUGUCACCAGGCACUACCGUGAACACCAGAGAGGAAAACCAACCAGUACCAACCCCAUUGCUAGCAUAUUUGCUUGGACCAGAGGGCUGGAGCACAGAGGCAAACUGGAUGAGAAUCCUGAUUUGAUAAAGUUCUGCCAAACUUUGGAAAAAGUCUGUGUGGAAACGGUGGAAAAUGGUAUAAUGACCAAGGAUCUUGCAGGCUGCAUCCAUGGCUUGGCCAACUGCAAGCCAAAUGAACACUAUGUCAACACGACAGACUUCCUUGAUGCCAUCAAGACCAACCUCAAUAAAGCUCUUGGCAACUGAAUAACAUUUAGAAGACAAUAAGAAGAUUUUUGUUAAUGUAGCAAAAAAACAGGCAAAAACUGUUUCUAGAUUUGUUUAACUAACAUUUUACCGUCUUGUUUGUAUGAAUCUUUGUAUCCAGUUUUGAAGCUGCUCCGCAAUACGUGCCUUUAUUUAAAAUUUGUAUAUUUGUUUAGUUUGCCUUUUCCUAUUGCCACAUUUGUACAAAUUAGUGAAUUUUAUAAUUAAUUAUUAAUGGUAAUACUCAUUUAUCAUGGACAUUUUAAAGAAGUUUCAGGCUUUCUCAUUAAAUUAGAGCAUACCUUCAGGGAAUAGCAAAAUUUGGAUAUCAUUAUGUUAACGUCACAUUGUACUUAAUC